UCAUCUGAUAGUAAUACAAGAGGUGUUAUGUUUCAUUGUAAGUCUGCUUAAUGUGAUAUACUGUGUACUAGUGCCUGAUGACUGCCUGAACUCAAACACCUGAUGAUGCACAUUAUAAGAUGUAUAUUUUUGGCUUUGACAAUAGUUCUAGAACCACAAACGCACAUAUGCACACAUGCAUGUUUUGAUAUUAAACAUGAAAAUGUUACGCAAACACAACACGACUAGUAAAACCGUGUUUAAAGUAAAAUUCUUGUCCCUCCCCUUUUAGUGACCUCCCUCCUCUUGGGCUGUGUCUUUUCCAAAAACAUCAUAAAGGGAAGCUCUUGGAAAAAAACUCAUUUUCUCUUAACUCUGGCAGCUUUUAAGUCAUGGGGAUUUUAGAACUAUUCCUCCAGACUUCCAGUCCUACCCCCCUGUUGGGGGCUCUGCUGGUUCUGCUGCUUGUCUACCUUGUUUCCUCCUCCAGCUUCAGCUCCGAGAAAAAUGGUAAAGAACCCCCAGGACCCAGACCACUUCCCCUGCUCGGUAACCUCCUUCAGCUGGACUUCAAGAGAGUCUACAUCUCAUUAGCGAAGCUUUCCAAGAAAUAUGGAUCAGUCUUCACCGUCUACAUUGGACCUCCUAAAUUGGUGAUUCUGGUCGGAUACAAGACGGUGAAGGAGGCGCUUAUUAACUAUGGUGAAGAGUUUGGAGAGAGACACAUCCAACACAUUAUGCAUGACGUCUAUGGAGGACAAGGACUUAUAUGGACAAAUGGAGAUUCUUGGCAGGAAAUGAGGCGCUUUGCUUUGACAAACCUUAGAGAUAACGGGAUGGGUAAAAAAGAAAGUGAGGAAAAAAUUAUAAAUGAACUUCAUCACCUCACUGAAGUGAUCAACAAGACUAAAGGAGAAGCCUUUGACAUGACCAAACCAAUACACCGUGCAGUCUCUAAUAUCAUCUGCUCCAUGGUCUAUGGCAACAGAUUUGAAUAUGAUGAUCCAGAGUUUAUGUCUCUGGUGGAUCAUUCAAACAAAUAUAUUAAGCUUUUCACCUCUCCAUCACUACAGAUGUACAACAUGUUCCCAUGGCUUGGUAAAUUCAUCUCUGAGAAGAAGGAACUCAUCAAAUUGGUUGAUGCCAACAAGAAACAGCACUUGAAGUUGAUAAGAAGUCUGGAGGAGACCCUCAAUCCACAGAUGUGCAGAGGAUUUAUAGAUGCCUUUCUGGUUCGGAAGAAUCAUCUGGAGAAAUCUGGCAUCACCAACAGUCACUUCCACUAUGAAAACCUUCUAAAGUCAGUUAAUAAUAUGUUCAAUGCCGGCACCGAUACAACUGCAACAACACUCAGAUGGGGACUCCUCUUCAUGGCUAGAUAUCCAGAAAUCCAAGACCAGGUCCAGGAGGAGCUGAGCCGGGUGAUAGGGAGUCGUCAGGUGAAGGCUGAAGACAGGAAGAACCUGCCCUUCGUUGACGCAGUCGUCCAUGAGACACAAAGAAUGUCCUCCGUCGUCCCCAUGUCACUGCCUCACAAGACGAGCCAAGACGUCACCUUCCAGGGUCACUUCAUUAAGAAGGGGACCACAGUGUUUCCUCUGUUGAUUUCUGUCCUGAGGGAUGAGAGUGAGUGGGAGAGACCUCACUCCUUUUAUCCUGCCCACUUCCUGAACAAAGAUGGAAAGUUUGUCAAGCGAGACGCCUUCAUGCCCUUUUCUGCAGGUCGCAGGGCUUGUCCCGGAGAGAGUCUGGCCAGGAUGGAGCUGUUCCUCUUCCUCGCCACCCUCCUGCAGCACUUCCGUUUCUCUCCUCCACCUGGGGUGUCAGAGGAGGAAUUGGAUGUGACUCCACAAGUGGGCUUUUCUUUAGCCCCUCCAGCUCAUAAACUUUGUGCUGUGCCCCGUAUGUGAGGAGGAGGUGGAGGGCUUCGAAAUGAAAAACCAGACACAGUUUAACAGGAGUGAAAAUGUUCAGCACCACUGAUGUAAACAAAAAGGCCUAUCAUGUAACUUGUGAUGCAAAAUUAAGAUCAAGGUCAUAUUUUGAUGCAUUUGUCCACAAUAAAUAUUGCUAUUUCAAUUAAAUGCUAUGUUUUAUCCUGUU